AUUCACCUUUACGGUUGUUUCCCCUGAAAACGCAUAAACUCUCUUUCUCCUUUUGAAGUUGUAAUAAAUUAUUGAACUUUCCAUUCUGAACGCACAAAGAGGCAAUUGAGAGAAAGAGAGAGAUUUGGAGGAGAAGAGAGAGAGGAGGGGAAAUGGAGAGAAAGUCCAUAGUGAUUUGUGCAGUCGUGGGGUUUCUAGGGCUAUUAUCUGCUGCUUUGGGUUUUGCUGCAGAAGCCAAGAGGAUAAAGGGUUCUCAGGUUGAGUUUAACACUCCUUCUAUAUGUGUAUACCCUAGGAGUCCAGCUCUUGCCCUUGGAUUAACUGCAGCGGUCGCUCUUAUGAUUGCUCAAAUUAUUGUCAAUGUUGCAACUGGGUGUAUCUGUUGUAGAAGAGGCUCUCGUCAAUCAAACUCUAAUUGGACAUUGGCACUGAUCUGCUUUGUUGUAUCCUGGUUCACUUUUGUUAUAGCAUUCCUUCUGUUGUUGACGGGUGCAGCACUUAACGAUCAACAUGGUGAAGAGAACACGUACUUAGGCAACUAUUAUUGCUAUGUUGUAAAGCCUGGAGUCUUUGCAGGAGCUGCGGUCUUGUCCCUCGCAAGUGUUAUCCUUGGAAUCAUCUAUUAUCUCACCUUGACUUCCGUUAAAAACGUAAAUGGUCCAUGGGGUGGACCUCCUGCUCCUAACCAAAGCAACAUCGCAAUGGCACAACCCCAGUUCCCUCCGCCACAGAAUGCUCAAGAUCCAGUUUUUGUGCAUGAAGAUACAUACAUGAGACGGCAAUUCGCUUGAUCUCUUUUGAUAAAUGGUCCUUCUGGCUAUGGUAUCACCUCAUACUCUGAUUUUUCUCAGAAGAUUCAUCUCCUCAAUGCAUAGGGGUUUCGUUUGUGGUUUAGUUGGAUGGGAGCAGUUCAGUCUCAGUGGCAUUCUGCUUUGUUCCAGAAUUUUUUAUAUUUAUCUAUCUAUAUCUAUAUAUACUAUGGCAAAAAUGUAUUUUGUGAGCCUCUUGCUGUGAUAUAUUUUUAUAUGGUUCUGAAUUGUAAUUAGCAAGUGAAUUUGGGAACUGUGUAGGUUGUCGAAACCAAAUUGAACAAUCUUAGUGAGGAUUGUGACUGGACGAAUCUUACUGUAUUGUCUUAAUUGGCUAUUAAGUGGAUGAAACAUUGAUUACACUUGUAAACUGGUUUGUUAAUUGAAUGGACCUAAGCUUGCUCUUUCAAA